CACUUCACUGUUACAAUAACAAAAAUGGUCUUAACCCUGCAUUCUUCUCCUUCCUUUAUCAAUCUAAAGGAAACCAAGGGCCUCAAAACACUUGAUGAAUUCCCAGCUGGGUCUGUUUCUUACCCCCAUUUCAAGCUGUUGAACCGGCUCAGGGCGAAGAGUUCGAGUCUUGAAGUGAUGCUUCCACAUGAGAAGACUUCACUUUCUAAAGGGAUGAACGAUGAUGACAAGAGGGAGAGGCUUCAUGGGCUAUCAAGGUGUCACAAAGCCAGCAGAAAAGUUCCUGUGUUCAUCAUGUUGCCUCUUGACACUGUGUCCAUCAGCGGGAAUUUGAACAGGCCAAGAGCGCUGAAUGCCAGUUUAAUGACCUUGAAGAGUGCUGGAGUGGAAGGUGUGAUGGUGGAUGCCUGGUGGGGGUUGGUGGAGAAAGAUGGCCCCAUGAAGUAUAAUUGGGAUGGUUAUGUUGAGCUCGUCCAGAUGGUGCAGAGGCAUGGCCUGAAGCUUCAAGUUGUUAUGUCCUUCCAUCAAUGUGGAGGAAAUGUUGGAGACUCUUGCAGCAUACCAUUACCUCCAUGGGUGCUUGAAGAAAUUAGCAAGAACCCUGAUCUAGUCUACACAGACAGAUCUGGCCGCAGGAAUCCUGAGUAUAUUUCCCUGGGCUGUGAUUCAUUGCCUGUGCUGAAGGGGAGAACACCCAUCCAAGCCUACUCUGAUUACAUGAGGAGCUUCUGCAACAUGUUCAAAGAUUAUUUAGGAGGAGUUAUCGUGGAGAAUCAAGUUGGAAUGGGCCCUUGUGGGGAGCUGAGGUAUCCAUCUUAUCCAGAAAGUAAUGGGACUUGGAGAUUUCCUGGAAUUGGUGAAUUCCAGUGCUAUGACCAGUACAUGAGAGCCUCCCUGGAAGCAUCAGCAGAUGCAAUGGGAAAGAAAGAAUGGGGUAAAAGUGGACCACAUGAUGCAGGUCACUACAACCAGUUCCCAGAGGACACUGGAUUCUUCUCAAGGGAAGGAACAUGGAACACCGAGUACGGCCAGUUCUUCUUGGAAUGGUACUCAGAAAAGUUACUUGAGCACGGUGAUCAGGUUUUAGCAGCAGCUGAAAGGAUAUUUCAAGGAACUGGAGCAAAGCUAUCCGGAAAGGUGGCUGGGAUCCACUGGCACUACAGGACUAGGUCCCAUGCAGCUGAAUUAACAGUCGGAUACUACAACACCAGGCAGCGAGAUGGCUACCUGCCCAUAGCGCGAAUGUUUGGUAAACGGGGUGUUGUACUGAACUUCACAUGCAUGGAGAUGCAAGAUGGAGAACAACCAGCACACGCAAAUUGCUCGCCUCAAGGACUAGUCCGGCAAGUGAAGAUGGCAACUAAGACCGCAGGAACAGAGCUUGCCGGUGAGAAUGCAUUGGAAAGGUAUGAUGAAGGUGCAUUUGCACAAGUCUUAGCAACAAGUCGGUCAGAUUCAGGUAAUGGGUUGAGUGCAUUCACAUAUCUAAGGAUGAACAAGAGAUUGUUUGAAGGGGAGAACUGGCGAAAUUUAGUGAAUUUUGUGAAGAGCAUGUCGGAAGGUGGCCAGGAUGUCAGGCUCUCAGAGCAAGACACUGGUCAUACCAAACUUUAUGUGGGCUUCCUCAACACACAGGACACUAAUACUACUAAGGAAGCUGUUCCAGUGUAAAGAAUGAUGAUGUUACUGUAUCUGUGAUGGUAUAUAUAUGUAAAAGAGUGUUAUACUAGGUCGGA